GGGGAUGGUGGAGCAGGCGCAGAAAGAGAGAGCCGGAAGAUUGAAUAAGUGCAACCAAUACAAAUGGCUGGACUUCCAAGAAGAGCAAGACAGGCUACCGCAGCCCCCAAGGAGGAUAUGUCUUUCAUGAGUGUGUCUGAGUCUGAAGAAGACACACAAGAGGAAGAUGAAUGGAAACCAGAAGCUAAAGUUCCUAAAACUAAGAGACAACAAAAACCAGCAAAGUUGCCAUCGACUAAAGCAUCAACAAAAAAGACUACAGCUAAACCAAGGAAGAAAAAAAUCAUUGAACUUUCUGGGAAUACAGAGAAAUCAGAGGAAUUGUCAGCAUCCAAGGCAACUGCAGGGCGAAAAAUUAAAAGCGAGAGACUGUCAAUGACACUUGAUGGAGAAAUUAGUCAAGGUGGGUUACAAGCUCAGCCAAUCAAACAAGAAAAUUCACAACUAAAGAAAGCUACGCCAAUCAAGACCAAGUCUCCAAAGCUUGAAUCUAAGGCAUUCCGAGUGAAGGAAGAAAGAUUAAGUAUGGGAAUUGAUGCGUUUCCCUCCACAAGCACUUUGCACAAGGACCUAGAAGUGAAGAAGGAGGAACCUUCAGAUGAUUUCACAUUUGGAGAACCUCCAUUAAAAAAGUUGAAGACAUCUUCUGAUCCUUCAGGGAAGCCGGUGAAGCAAGUUAACUCCAGUAGUGGUCAUGAGGGAAAUGAAAUGAACUGGAACUUUGUUGAGGUUUUGUCAGAGAAAACAAAUGUUGAAACCUGGGUUUGUUCAAAUCUGAUCAAGCUUUUUCAAGAUGAAAAUACUAUCCCGUUUAUUGCACGGUAUAGAAAGGAACUUAUCAACAAUCUAGAUGCAGAGGCCUUGCGGGAAGUACAGCACGGGUUAGAGGAGUUACGUUCCGUCGCCAAGAAAGCACAUAAUGUGAUAGAAAAACUUAAGAAAGAAGGCAAACUUAAUUCCUAUGUCCACACAGCCAUGUUAAACUGCAAAACAACGGAUGAAAUUGAGCAUGUGUAUGCUCCAUUCAAAACUGGAAGCAAAGGUACAAAAGCACAGAGAGCCAGACAGCUUGGACUCGAGCCUGCAGCAAAGGCUUUGAUUGAAACGCCAACACAGCUAAACCUAGCAAUGUAUAUUAACCAGACGAUGAAAGGAAUUUUAAAUCUGGAAGAAGUAGAGUGUGGAGUGCAGCAUAUCCUAGCCGACAUGAUUGCUAAGGACAAAGACACAUUGGAGCACAUCAGAAAUCUAUGUAAAGUAAAUUACGUCACAAUCAGUUCUACACUGGCCAAGAUGACAGAGAAGGAAAAGAAGGAAAAUACAAAAGGAAACACGAAAGAUAUUGAUAAAUUUCACUUAUAUCACGACUUUAAUUCAAAUGUAAAUAGAAUACAGCACCAUCAGAUUCUGGCCAUUAACCGAGGGGAAAAUCUGAAAAUACUGACAGUAAAGGUCAACAUUCCUGACAGAGUGAAGGAUGCGUUCUCUAGGUGGUGUGUGAAUGUAAGAUGGAGACCAAAGCAAUAUGCUAGACCAGAGCUGAUGAAAAUACUCCAUAAUUCUGUUGAAGAUUCUUACAAACGUCUUAUUUAUCCUCUACUCUGUAGGGAGAUUAGGUCAAAACUAACAACAGAUGCUGAAAAGGAAUCCAUUAUGAUGUUUGGAAGGAAUCUCCGACAGUUGCUUCUUGCAAACCCGGUCAGAGGGCGUACCAUAUUGGGAGUUGAUCCUGGAUAUAAACAUGGCUGCAAAUUGGCCGUUAUAUCACCCACAAAUCAGAUUCUUCAUACUGAUGUUGUGUAUUUACAUACUGGGCCUGGACGGGGAAUCCAAGAAUCUGAGAAAAUAAAAAGGCUGUUGCUUCAUUUUAACUGUUUUACAAUAGCUAUUGGAAAUGGGACGGCAUGCAGAGAAACAGAAAGAUAUUUUGCUGAUCUAAUUCAAAGAAGAUUUUUUGCACCUCUUGAUGUUGCAUAUUGUAUCACCAAUGAGGCAGGUGCUUCCAUAUACAGUGUGAGUCCAGAAGCUGCAAAAGAGAUGCCAGACCUAGACCCCAACCUACGGAGCGCAGUUUCCAUAGCAAGACGUGUACAAGAUCCAUUAGCUGAGCUUGUGAAAAUUGAGCCCAAACACAUUGGAGUUGGAAUGUACCAGCACGACGUCUCUCAGACAUUGUUGAAAGCUACUCUGGACAGUGUGGUCGAGGAGUGUGUCAGCUUCGUGGGAGUGGAUAUAAACAUCUGCUCGGAAACCCUGUUGAGGCAUAUUGCUGGAUUGAAUUCUGCGAGGGCUAAAAAUAUUGUUGAAAGAAGAGAGAAGAAUGGACCCUUUAUAAAUCGUGAGCAACUCAAGAGUGUCAAAGGCCUAGGGCCCAAAUCCUUCCAGCAGUGUGCCGGCUUCAUUAGAAUAAACCAGGAAUUUGUUAGGAACUUAUGCAGGGACCAAGCAGGAGCGCAGGCCAGUGUGGAAACUAACAUUUCAAAGCCGGGUAAAAAGGCAACAAAAACUGCUUCAAACAUUGUUGCUCGGCCAAAUCCUUUGGAUGAAACCUGUGUGCACCCUGAGUCGUAUGGCUUAGCAAUGAAGUUUAUGUCCCUUGUGGGUGGAAAUUCAAAUGAUAUCGGAACAGAGAAAAUGCAAAAGGAUGUGAAUAAUUUUAUUCAAAAAGAAUGCAUAGAACCAGUAGCACAGAAACUGAAUACAACUGUACACACAUUACAACUAAUUAUUGAUGGUCUCUGUCAGCCAGAAGGCUAUGAUAUUCGUACAGAAUUUGACAAAACUGACUUUAAGAGAAAUAUUGUCUGUCUUGAAGAUCUAAGCGUUGGAACAGUCCUAACAGGAAAAGUGGAAAACGCUACAUUGUUUGGGGUUUUCGUUGAUGUUGGCGUAGGGAAAGCCGGAUUGAUACCUAUGCGGUAUAUAACGGAGGCAAAGCUUUCUAAAGAGAAGAGAAGAAGAAGCCUUGGAUUGGGUCCUGGUGAACGAGUAGAAGUCAGAGUAAUCAAUAUUGAUACUAAACAAUCCAAGAUUACUCUCGAUCUUCUGCGUGUUAUAUAACAUGUCAAUUGCCUCAGAGUUUUAGAGACUUCAUUCAAAUUUGUCAUCAAAAUACUGGCCUGGUGCAUACAUAACAUUCUCUUACCCCCACUAAAAUGCUUUUUUUAUGUAUUUUACUUUUUUAAGAGACAAAUACUCAAAACUAUACAUGGAAAAAUCACAUUUUUGUUUGUUUUCUCUUAAUAGUUUUAUCAUUUACUGAAAUUGUUGUUUGAGUUUGUUCUGCAAUUACAUUAACUUACCGUAUGCUAAUAACACAUUUUCUUAAGCUUCAGGUGCCUUCAAUUAAAGUAAAAAAAACGGCAACUGUUAUAAAUCAAUACAAUCUAAGACAUUUGAA